AUGUCAACGAAUUCCAUAAAGAUAUUUACAGGUAAUUCACAUAUUAAUCUUGCAAAACUUGUAGCGCGUCGAAUAGGUGUAGAUCUUUCAAAAGUAAUAGUGGUAAAAUAUUCUAAUCAAGAAACCUCAGUUAUCAUUGGCGAAUCAGUUCGUGAUGAAGAUGUUUUCAUUAUUCAAUCUGGAUGUGGAGAAAUCAAUGAUAACUUAAUGGAACUUUUGAUCAUGAUCAAUGCUUUUGCUAAUAUGUUAACAGUUGCUGGUGCUAAUCAUGUAAUCACAAUGGAUUUACAUGCAAGUCAGAUUCAAGGCUUCUUCGAUAUUCCUGUAGAUAAUCUAUAUUGUGAGCCCUCCAUGCUUAAAUAUAUUAGUACUAAUAUUCCUAAUUACAAAAAUGCUAUUAUUGUUUCACCUGAUGCCGGUGGCGCAAAAAGAGCAACUUCAAUCGCAGAUCGUUUAAAUUUGGAUUUUGCUUUAAUUCAUAAAGAAAGAAAAAAAGCUAAUGAAGUUUCAAGAAUGGUAUUAGUUGGUGAUGUUAAAGGUAAAAUAGCAAUUUUAGUUGAUGAUAUGGCUGAUACUUGUGGCACGUUGGUUUUAGCUGCUAAAACAUUAAAAGAAAAUGGCGCAAUAAAAGUCUAUGCAAUUGUUGCACAUGGUAUUUUGUCUGGUAAAGCAAUUGAUGUUAUCAAUGAAAGUUGUUUAGAAAGAGUGGUUGUAACAAACACUAUACCUCAUGAUGACAAGAAAGCUAUUUGUUCAAAAAUUGACACAAUCAAUAUUUCUUCUACUUUAUCUGAAGCCAUUCGACGUACACAUAAUGGUGAAUCGGUUUCAUUUUUAUUUUCUUAUGUUCCAGAAUAA